UUUAAUCUCUUGGCGCUUCCCUUAACGAAGAUUAACUGCCGGUGACAACAAGGAGCAUACGAUGAGCUACUCAUCAAACUACCUACGCUUGAUUUCUUGGACGAAGCAGCUAACCUGUCUCGUAAACCAGGGCCUUCACCACCAAGCUCUUGUCCUCUUCAACCACAUGCAAACUUCUCUAGCUCUCUCUCUUGAUCCCUAUGUUUUCUCUCUCCUGCUCAAAUCAUGCUCCGCCAUCCACCGCCCUCAACUGGGCGCCGCCGUCCACUCCCACGCUGUCAAAAUGGGCCUCCUCUCAAACCCAUUCAUAGCCUGUGCUCUCGUCGAUAUGUAUGGUAAAUGCGUGUCCCUUUUUUCAGCGCGUAAACUGUUCGACGAAAUUCCUCAGAGAAAUGUUGUCGUUUGGAAUGCGAUGAUAUCGCUUUAUACGCAUUCCAAUCUUCUCCAUGAUGCUUUGUGUCUGUUUGAAUCGAUGGAUUCCGUGCCUAAUGCGUCCACUUGUAAUGCAAUAAUAGCAGGUUUGUCGGGGAUGGAGGGUGGAUCGCCUAAGGCCAUUGCUUUUUAUUGGCGAAUGAGGGAGUUGGAUUUGAAGCCAAAUUUUAUUACUCUUCUUGCUUUGUUACCUGCUUGUGUAGGAAUAGCAGCUUUGGAUUUGGUUAAAGAAAUUCACGGGCACUCGAUAAGGAAUAAUAUCGAUCCACAUCCCCAGCUGAGAAGUGGCCUAGUAGAUGCUUACGGGAGAUGUGGAUAUCUCGUUAAUGCAAGUCAUGUGUUUUAUAGUAUGAAGGAAAGGGAUGUGGUUGCCUGGAGCAGUUUGAUAUCAGCAUAUGCACUUCACGGGGAGGCAAGGUGUGCUCUUGAAAUAUUUGGCCAAAUGGAAAUGGCGAAAGUGCGUCCUGAUGACAUUACUUUUCUAGCAGUUUUGAAAGCUUGUAGCCAUGCAGGAUUAGCUGAUGAAGCACUGGACUUCUUCAGCAGAAUGCGAGAAGAUUAUGGUCUGCACCCAAACACUGAUCAUUAUUCUUGUUUGGUUGAUGUUUUGAGCAGAGCUGGGAGGUUAUAUGAGGCAUAUAAAGUCAUACAAGAUAUGCCAGUGAAGGUGACUGCGAAAGCUUGGGGUGCCCUUCUUGGGGCUUGUCGAACUUAUGGAGAAGUGGAGUUAGCAGAGAUUGCAGGGAGAGCUUUGUUUGAGAUAGAACCUGAUAAUCCUGCCAAUUAUGUUUUACUGGCCAGAAUUUAUGCCAGUGUAGGGAGACAUGAGGAAGCUCAGAGAAUGAGAAGAGAAAUGACGGAGAGGGGGGUUAAGGUAGCUCCUGGUAGUAGCUGGGUGGUAUAAAGACGCUAGAACUACGACAUGAUUUUCCCCCAGAAUGAAAACUUACUUGGAAGGAUAAACAGGAGCAGUAUAUUGCUCUUGGUAAUCGGUCAAAGCUUCCAUCUUUUGAUGAUUAGUUCAGCAUAUUUAAAGGCCAAAAUACACCCGACACCCUCCAAAACUUGUAUUGCAACAAUGGUCGAAAUUCAAGGUGUGGCACCAUGGCACAUUGCCUCCAAAAUACACCCCACACCCUCCCCGGCCCGGCCCCCCACCCAACAGAAAGAAGGGGAAAUUGCAUUGCUAUUAUUAUAAAACAUUGCAGUAUCUGAUAAUAAAAAAUAUAUGUCACGGCUAGUCUUGGUUAAUAUUUAUGAUUACUUUUCAAAUC